UGGUAAAACGCCCAUCCCAGUCCCUCUCCCCGAGUUCUCCAUCUCAAGAGGCACAAACAAGAGCAAGCUCGGUGUCCAGCAGCCCCACGCCGAACUAUCCCACAGAGAGGAGCUCAGCCCCAAGCCCCGGAGGCCCGGGCAGGCCGCCUCCGAAGGAGCCCCCGCAGACGCCAUACUAAAAGCCAAAAUGGCUGCCCCUAGGAAGCCCGCACCGCGCAGCUAGUGAGGCUUGGGGAACAAGCUUCUGCGGGAAAGGGGAAGGAGGACUCUAGGAAGCGCCGUGGCCAGGUCCAACGCGCCCCGAGCCACACAGGUUCUAGUUACAGCCGCCCCUUGCCAUAAAUUUUGACCUAUAUUUGGAAAAAUACUGGCCAGGAAAAAAAAAAUGAUAAAAUUUUUCCUCAUGGUGAAUAAACAAGGGCAGACCCGACUUUCUAAGUACUAUGAACAUGUGGAGAUUAAUAAGCGCACACUUCUGGAAACAGAAGUCAUAAAGAGCUGUCUCUCUCGAUCCAAUGAACAAUGCUCUUUCAUUGAAUUCAAGGAUUUUAAGCUGGUGUAUCGGCAGUAUGCAGCUCUCUUCAUCGUGGUUGGGGUUAAUGACACAGAGAAUGAAAUGGCGAUUUAUGAAUUCAUCCAUAACUUUGUAGAAGUUUUAGAUGAGUACUUCAGCCGAGUGAGUGAAUUAGAUAUAAUGUUUAAUUUGGAUAAAGUACACAUCAUUUUGGAUGAGAUGGUGUUAAAUGGCUGCAUUGUGGAAACGAAUCGGGCAAGAAUUCUCGCCCCUCUGCUGAUUCUUGAUAAGAUGUCAGAAAGCUGAAAAGUGGCUCUGCCAAGCAACAUCGACAUAGGAAAUGAGAACAUGGUAAUAUACCUCUCAACAUCUACAGCCCAAAAGAAUCUGGAAGAGCACACAUUGCAAAAUGGGGUAUUCUCCCAAAGACAUUUUAAACAGGUGUUUUUCACAUCUAAAUGGAAAACAAAACUGUAUUUUAUAAAAUGAUCUACAAAGAAAAAUCUCUGAGAAAGACAAGUUUUAUUUUUUAACCAUAAGCAUUUUUUUCCCCACUUGUUUUGAUUUUCUUAAAAUUUUU